CGGUUUCUGACAGCCACUGGUGGGCCGCAAGCUGAAGUUUCCUUCUGCCUCCUUUCUUUCCUGUGUGCAUCCGAGUGGAUUAACAGAACGGGCUAUAUUUAGUUGUAUCUCCCAAGCCGGCACUUGCCCAAGGUACCGAUGGUAUACCUAACUGAACCGCUCAAAACAGUCUUCGGAUGUCUCUUUAGUACCUAUCUUACCUACACACGCGUCGUCCCUGUCAACUUCAGAAUAACGUGACUGUCCCUGGCCCAUCUCGCCAGCAGCGUGGUCCGUGGCAGUCAUCAUGGCGGAUCAAUCCAUCAUUCGGAUCACCAAGGAGCUGAGUGAUAUCCAACGAUCGUCGGAUCUGUCCCUCGCCGUCGCCUGCAGAGAUAUCGAUGUCCGGAACGUUCGUGCCUUGAUCAUUGGCCCUCACGACGCGCCGUACGAGUUCGGCUUCUUCGAGUUCUCCUUCAAAUUCGGCAAGGAUUAUCCGGGGAAAUCACCGAAUGUUACCGCCGUCACAACCAACGCAGGCCGCUGCCGAUUUAACCCCAACAUCUAUGCGUCGGGCAAGGUUUGCUUGUCUAUCCUAGGCACUUGGCGCGGUGAGCGAGGAGAGGAAUGGUCCGCCGCGCAGGGGUUGGAGUCGAUUCUCCUCUCUAUUCAGAGCCUUAUGUCGGGCAACCCCUACGAGAACGAACCAGGCUUUGAAGAGGCGAAUGAGCCUGCGGACAAGAAGAACCAAAGGGACUACGUUCAAAAGAUUCGCCACGAGACCCUUCGCAUCUCUGUCAUUCAACGGCUGGAAGACUAUCUAGGAUUGACGCCAGAUGGCCAGAAGGUCGUGCAGCAAACCGCGGCUGAUCAGGACGAGGCCGAUGAUGAACUGGUUGACGUAGACGAAUCAUCACUUCCCUUCGAACCCUUCAAGGACCUCUGCAAACGGAGGUUUCUGUGGUAUUACGAUUCGUACCUUCAUGCUAUUCAGAAGGCGAAAACGGAAGUGAAGGAUCAUGAGCCGUUUGUCCGCAUGCCCUUUGAGGGGUCGAGCAACUCUAUGGAGGGUCGGUUUAACUAUACCGACCUCGAGCGUCGCUUGCACAACAUCAAGGCCGCCCUUGACGCCGAACUGGAGCAAUGGGCCCGCGCGGGACUCGAAGCCAAGGCCAAUGAGUCCACCGUCGCCGUGAACCUACAACACCAGUACGAGCAGGUGGUCCAAUGGUUCAAGCGGCAAGACAUCCCCCAUGACCUGCAACUCGAGGACGGCAAUCCGUUCGUAUGGGCUCUCACCUACUUCGGCCGACCCAUGACGAAUCUCGACGGAGGGCUGUUCAAGAUCAGACUUCACUUCAGCCCCCAAUUCCCAGAGGAGCAGCCUCGGGUUCGGUUCGAGACGAAGAUUUUCCACCACCGGAUCGCCCUAGAUGGCACCGUCUGCUACUUCCCCAACCCGUUACGGAAGGAGGACCUGCAGUCGCACAUGGAGGCCGUCUUCGCCAGCAUAGAGGAAGAUGAUCCCGCCUACGAUCCUCGGACCAUAGUCAACCUGGAGGCGCAUAAUCUAUUCUGGGGCGGACCGGACGGGAAGAAGAAUUACAACCGGCGCCUUAGGAGGUCGGUUCAGAAGAGCCUUGAGGACUACUGAAUUCGGUUGAUAGAUGACCUCAGCGGCACUGAUGUAAGCUCAUCAUAGAGCGUAGCUACUCGCGUCUGAAGCCACCAAACACAGGCGAAAAGGGGCGGGAAAUGGGGAGAGGGGCGCUUACUCAACUCGGCAACAAAGCAACCAGA